UUGUGUGGAACUCACGGUGAUCGUUUCAUCUGCAGAUUUGAAUUGACGACAGCUAUUGAUGGGGACUCGCUUGCGUUUACGCUCCUCUGGGAGCAGCCGCGCUGGUCCGUCGUCCCAAAGGGGUCAGGCCCUGAGGGAACUGCUUGAUGGACGCAACACCUACGAGGAGCUGGAGGAAGAAGACCCAGGGGCCGGGUUUGAAUUGCUUCGGCGACAAACCUUGAGGCCGGAGGAGGAAAUGGAGCAGGCAACACAGCGUGAGGAGAUGAGGGACCUGACGCAGAAGUACGAAGCCGCUGCAUCUCAAGCGGCGGAGCUAACAGUUGCCCACUCGAUCACUCCGGAGGAGACGGACAAUCUUGUGGCAGAGGUGAUGAGGUAUAUGAUUUUCAAGAACUUUCAGCAGCCGUCGGUGCCGGUGAAGAGGGAGGAGUUGAACCAGAUUGUGAACAAGCAAUACAAAGAAAGGCGGCAGCUUCCGGGGUACAUAAUAGCGCUAGCGCAGGCGAAAUUCCCUGGGUGUUUUGGGAUGGAGAUGCGGGAAGUCACGGGGAGCGCAAGGAGGAGGGGGGGGGCAAAAGAACGAGCAUCGACUUCGCAGUCGCAGGCUGGGCUCAAGCUCUAUGUUCUGCGCAGCAUGCUGCCUGCCGAUUUACGUCAGGAUUUCAUCGAGACCGACCAUUCACUUGCUUACCAAGGUCUGGCUAUGGUGGUCAUGAGUGUGAUCGACAUGGCGGGCGACAAGAUCUCUGAAGAUUCGUUGUGGAGGCAAUUGACGAAACUCGGUGUCAGGGCCGACGACGACUGUCACCCGGCGUUCGGCAAUGUGGAGAACAUGAUGCAGAUGCUCGCCAAGCAGAGGUACGUUGUCCGAAAUAAGGAGGUGACGGCCGACGGCGACACAUAUUUCUUAGAGUUGGGUGAAAAUGCAAUGGAGGGGGUUGGAAAAGAGCGGCUGCAGAACUUUGUCUCAAAAAUUUUGAAAGACUGAUCUUGGUGGACAAGGUAGAGAGAGGGAAGUCGCCAUUGAAAGCCAGUAGCGCAUGCUUUGGGGUGGGGGUACUCUGGGUAUGCUGUUUACGCGUGUCAUCCUUGCGCAGGGGCCAUUUGCUAAUUUACCCUUCUCUGUAUCGUUCCAAUUUUAACGGAUGUCCCGAAGGACGGGUAUGCUGUUUACUACUAGACAAGAACACUGGAAUGAACUGAAAAAUCGUGU